GUAUUCGGGAUAGUUAGGGGGGGUAUGUAGAACUAGCGCCAACAAUUUUCUACCCACGAGGAGCUGUAUCCCCAACCUCACCAACUCGACCACCAACGCAGCUGCCACGGAUAUCGUGGUCAGAGCUGGUCCAUCUGAGCCAAAUCAACCUAGUUACACGAAAUCGGCCCGCUCAAGCCCUAGAGUUUCGAGAUUGCGUGGAUCGCCACGUCGCUGGUAUUAUUGUGCUUGUUGCAACCUCCUCAGCAGGACUGCCUGGCUAAUCAAUCGAAAUCAACUAAUCGAGCAUCAUCCUCAACAAUGGGACACCCUCCUGAAGGUUUUCUGAAGUAUUAUGCUCAGCAUCCCCAUCCAACCAUUCGUGGUUAUCUGGCCGAUAUUGUGGCCCAGGCAUCAACCUCCGAUGUGAUCUUCACGGAUUCGCUCCGCAAUCAAAACAGACCAAUCAUCUCGCCUGAUCAGUUCAACGCCGCAACAGACCUGACCGCACCGCUGAAAGGUGGCGCUAAGAUACUACAGGUAUCAGAGCAUACGAUUCUGAAGGUCGGCUGGAGAGUCCACAUGGGCGAAGCAGAGGCACUAAUCCUCCUUGCGGAGAGAUCACAGAUCCCUGUCCCCGAGGUUCUCAGUGCAUACACAAUUGGCGACAUUGGGUUCAUCCUCAUGACCAAGAUUGACGGCCAGACAUUGGGCUCAUGCAUGGAUAGCAUGUCUCCGGAGGACCUCUCUGCCAUUUCGCGCCAACUGAAGGCCUACGUCCUUGAAUGGCGUGCAUUUGGCAGCUCGUUCCUGGGGUCUGUGGACGGCGGGCCAUGCCAGGAUAUCAUAUUUCAACAUCCGUGGGAUUACAAGUCAACCAGGAAGUAUGGGCCUUUUGAUUCCUUUGAGCAGUACAAACAUGGCCUUGUCGAGGCCCUUCGUGCGUCGAGGCCGAAUGGUGGUGGCUGGUAUGACGAGGAGGAAGCCUUGAAGCAGAAGAUUCUAACUGCUUCUCCGGCUCUGGCGGAUGAGCGGUCGACUACUACCCUGGGGGUCUUGACCCACGGGGACGUCCAUCCGGGGAAUAUCAUAGUCAGGGACGGAGUCAUCACAGCGAUAAUUGACUGGGGGAAUUCGGGGUACAGCCUGCCAGAGCGGGAGUUCUUCGCCGCCAAGCGGAUUGCUAUGGAUCAGCCCUGGGUUAAGAUGAUCGACGAGUGUAUUCCGUUUUUCGCAGAGCAGUGGGCGUUGAUGGAUGAGGUGGACCGGUCGAUGAUGCGGUAUUCGCCUGUAUAGAGUGUGUCCUCUUGCUGCUAUAUCCACAUAGACAUAAGGCUCUUUCGACAUAUCCUUAUCUUGUUAAACCUAGUUACGGCCAGAAUACUGAUUGGCAAUAUGCCGCUUUCGAUACAUCAACCACUGGCUUAUAGCCAGUAUUUGGUAUCUAGUUGUUGCUCAACGAUUAUUCAAUUGCCGUCGUCCCAUCUGCAACCAGUUCUUCCACCUCAAGCGCGACCAACCCAUCUAGCACCCAAUCCUGGCAGUUUUUCAUCCCACCUCUUGGGGCCGGCACCUCUCUCUCCAG